GAGCAUCUCCGCAUAAUGUGCAGCCGGUGAUGUUCCGGUGACGUGGUUGGGACGAUUUUAUCUUAGACCUUUUACCAAAAAAAAUGUGUGUGCGUGUGUGAACAUUGUGGGACAUGAAAGGUCCGUUAAUUAUUCAAGUCUGUGAUCAGCCACAGGAAGUAGGUGUUAGUGAUUUCGAAAUGAUAAUCAUAUCAUCUGGAACGACAAAAUCUACAUUGCUAAUCCACUUAAUCUGAAGAUGAAGCCUAAUAAUAUUUCUUUGAAACAAAUAAAGAAACUUUUACAAUGUUAAUUUUCAUCUAGAUUCUUUAUCUUAGUUUCAAAAUUCUGUAUUCGAUAAUGUGAAUUAACAAAUUUUUAUCUCUUAACACAUACUGUAAUUAAGUAUCUAGCUUACUCUAUGAGCAAUUUUAAUUGAAUCAAUAAUUACUGGUAAAUAAACGAGUUAAAAUGUACAAGCAGACGUUCCUCUUGCUGUGUAUCUCGGUCACGUUCGCGAGUUCCCAAUUCUUUAGUUUUGAGAAACUCAAGUCUUACGCGAAGCUCUUCGAUGUUCACAAUUUGCCGGUCAAUGAAACCGGAAAUGAGCUCUGGAAUGGACUUAUGAGAGACUGUAAGAAGAAGAUAACUUUCUCAUGUAUUCAAAAAAAUGCCUACACCUAUUUGGACAAUACGUUUACAGAACGUGAUAACAUAACCGUCUUUGAUGGUUUAGUUUUGAAGAAAAAUAGUUUGAAUUAUCAAAGUUGUGUGAGGCACGAAAGUAAGAGUAGUGUGGACGAAAAUCUUGUUGAAAAUUCAAACGAGGGUGACUGGGAAAAAUGGACAACUAAGAAAGAUGAAAGUGAUUGUGAAAAUGAAGAGCAAAGUCGUGGAUUAGAGGAUGAAGCUACGUCUCCAUUGGAGGAAGUGACAAGUGCUCUUCGAAAAAAGACAGUCAAGUUUUUGGCUACCCGAGAUUAUGAAAUUCAACUCCCUGAAUUUUUUUUCGAAGGAGCUAGUUUUAAAAUUAGCCCUAGAGAAAUUGACGAAAAUGGGGCUCUCAUUAGAGUCGAUUUUGGACAGAGGGCUGUCGAAAGCCAAGGACGACUCUUUUUCAAAAAAAUCAGAAAGAUGAUACAGAACAAAUUACUGAUGAGCUUCUUGGCAUUACUUCUUAUAAUUAAACUCAUUAAAUUGAAGUUCAUGUUCGUUAUACCGUUUCUUUUUGGAAUUGGAACUGCGAAAAAGUUGUUUUUGAAGUUGCUGCUGUUUAUGGUGCCUGCUUUUGCUCACGUAUUUAAAUUGUGCUCGAGUUAUUACAGCAGCAAAUCUCCCAAACUCUAUCAUCACCACCAUCAGAUAGCUCAUCACCAUCAUCAUGUUCCUGUACCUGUCCCCGUGCCAGCCCCAAUCUACGUUGACCAUCCUCCUCACCAGCCUCAUCAUAGUGAAGAGGAAUUUAAUGGCUAUGAUUAUGCUCAUCCACACAUCCAAUACCGAAAGGAUAUGGAAGAAUUAAAAGAGUGGGGCAUAGAGCCUUAUGAUGAACCAUUUGAAAAUGUCAAUCAGCACUUAGGUCCAAUCAAUCCCACACCAAUGACGCCAGUUUAUACUGGGUCAUAUGAUGUCCCACAAUAUGCGUCAAAUACAAGACCUGUUGCUGCUCAUUUUCCAGAUAAGCAUGCAUCAGUAUCUGCUUAUGCGCAAAACCUUGCUUACUCUGGCUAUGUCGAUGAACUUAAAGCAAAUAAACAACGUCUUCAACAAGUAGUACCUGGAAUUAAUUUGGGACCUGUAUCAAAUAUAAGUCCUGGACCGGGUAUUGAACCAGGACAAACCAUUGCGCAAGGACCAAAUAUUGGACAAAACAUAGGACCAGUAUUUGUACCAGGACCAGUGGGAGCGGGAUCAGCUCCUGUUCCAUCAAAUCUUCAAUCUGCGCAAAAUCCUCAAAUCAAUGUGCCAUCUUCUUUCAAAGGAGCAGUGACUAAACAAAAAAGUCCUUAUAUAGUUUAUGCUCAACAACAGCAACAUCAACAACAACAGCAACAUCAACAACAACAGCAACAAAGGCCAGUUCAAGGUCAACUAGUGGUUCAAAUCGCACCUAAGAACUCAGUUCCAGCAUCUCGUCCAGCCUAUGAUGAUGACUAUUAUGGGCCAAUUGUUGGGAGACUAGACGAGACCUUCAGACAACUAAGGUUCCUCGAAGAGAAUUGCAGAGAGAGGCUUGUUUGUAGCAUGUACAAGAACCCGACGGUGUACACGCCACAUAGCAAUCUUGUGUCCAACGAACUGUCCAGGGAUCCUCAAGAGUUGAAGCGUGGAAAUUCGGCCACAGUUUCCAGUCAAAGAUUUCAUCGCUAUUUGAAUGCAGCAAGGUUGGGACAAGACGGCGGAGAUUGCUUACGAACUUAUCCAUGUCACAUCAACACGGAAUAGAAAUUUUCCAUUUUUUCUACUUAAAACCCCGAGAAAAGUAUAUUCAAAACCAAAACAAUUAAUAUAUAUCCGAAAUUAGGAAUUUAAUGUAAGAUUUGAAAUUGUACAUUUAACUGAUAUUAUACAUUAAAUGAUGAAUCUAAAGAAUUGUUUAUAAACAGCUCAAAACUAAAUCUGUUUGGUUUUCAAGCAAUUGUAAAGAACUAAUUUUAAUCAACAUUUAUCUAAUAUAUAUUUCUUGAUUCUUUUACAAAUGUUCCUAAAGGGAAGAGAAUUCUCGGAAAAAUAUUUUAGACGAAAAAGUCGACCUUAGUCAUGCUUAUUGUAUGGUGAGACUGUUGUAAAUUGAAGAAUUAUGUAUAUUAAUUGAAUGUGUGAAUUCAUGAGUUGAUUAUCUUUGAAAUAGUCAAAGCUGUAAAUUAUACUUGAGAAUAUUCUCACAAAUAUUGUAUAAGUUUGUUAAAUGUGAACUGGAUGAAAGUUUGUCUUUUGUAAAUCAGCCCUUUUAAUAACUAAAAAAGCUUCUUUAUUUAACGAAUUAGAUAUUUAUUGAUUUAUUUAUAUCUUGUUUAUUUAAUUUUAAUUAUUUGUAUGCAUUCGGUUGCCAUAUACCCAAAAUCUGUAGAACACUUGAAAUGUUUGAAUGCUAGAUUUUUAAAGUGAAUGUGGGUGUUGUUUUAAAUUGUGAAUGACUAAAAUGCUACUGUGGAGUGUUCAAUGUAUACUUCUGUCUUACAUUUAAUUGUAAUAAAUAAAAUCGAGAUUUUUUUGUAAUA